AUCUUCUUAUCAAAAAAAAGGGUAAAGUUUGUAUAGAUUUUGCACAACGAAAAAGGAAUUUUUAUAAUAUUUCAGCGUUCUCGUAGGCAAAAGAGAACGCCCACAUCGUUCUUCCAUAAUCAUGUUUGUUUUUGGAAGGAAGAGUAAGACUCUAAAGAUGAUAAUAAGAGCCCUCUGUUUGGCCUUACUAGUUGUGCCUGUGGUUUCCCGUACACCCGCACCACACCCGUGUCCUGACCGUAAUCCUGAUCCGAAAAUACAAUGUAGUUGCUCUGACGAAAUCAUCGACUGUUCUGCGAGAGGGUUAACAGAGCUCCCUAUCUUUAACGUCGACACCUUCUAUAAGGAGUUGCGUCUUGACCACAACGCGAUUGAGAACAUAACGGAUGACGCCUUCAAAAAUUUACAUCAACUCAACAGACUCUUUCUUCAAAACAAUAAUAUUUCGAGAGUCGAAAGAGCUGCAUUCCGUGGAGUUGAAAAGCCAAUUAACCGCAUUGAUCUGUCAAACAAUUUUCUGGAAGAAUUCCCUGUUGCGAUUGGGGACUUAGAAGCAAUUACGUGGGUUGAUGUCACUAACAAUCCAAUCAACGAAAACCAUUUUGACGAACAUACAAUGUACCAGAUCGGUGACACAAUUACAAGGUUUGAAUUCGGAAGUUCACAUGUCGAAUCGUGGCCCCAUACAAUACGGCAUCUUCAAGCUCUUGAAUUCCUGAAUGUUAGCGGAGGUUCCUUCUACACGCUUCCACCGGAAGCUUUCCAUGGAUUCGAAGGUACACUUACCACUCUAUCUAUUCAACACACAAAACUUAUCGCUCUGCCCCUUGCACUGGCACGACUACGAUUUCUAGACAGAUUGUAUUUCGAUCAUAAUCAUGACAUUGGCGAUUCGGGCGUCUUGAUACCAUCAUUUGGAAAUUCUGACUUACUUAACAAACUUAGAUUUAUUUCUCUGGUAGAUGAUCAUUUGACUGUAUUUCCAUCCUUGCUACAAUUUCUACGAAAUGUUGAAGAACUGGUGUUAGAUUCUAACAGUCUUGCUUUCGUCAGUGACACAUCAGUGCAGGUUGCAGUAGGGACGAAAAUCACGGAACUGAGUCUCCGAAAUUGUUCCUUGUCCCGUGUACCUGGAGCCUUAUCGAAACUCACUAACCUCACGAAACUGAAUUUGGCUGAAAAUCAAAUCCACAGCUUUGAAAACAGCGACUUUGACAACAUGGGGAAGCUUAUGAACCUAACAAUAACAAGAAAUCCGUUAGGAUACAUUGCUAAUGAAACUUUCAAGGACCUUGUGAACCUUAGAUACCUUGACCUGAAGGAGUCUAAUAUCAACACAAUGCCAGAGGCGAUCCGAUUCCUUAGGAACUUACAGGAACUGAAGCUGCCAUCGGAUAAGAUAGAGUGCACAUGUAACAUCGUUUGGCUGAAACAGUUUAUGGAGCACUGUAACACAGGUCUGCGCAUUGACGGUUCAUGCGAAACAAUUAGCUAUCCAGUAGAUGUCUACCUACGUGACUUCAUCCCGAGGUGUCCAAACUACGUUAAUGGUACAGCAUGUGUGAACUAAAGUCAUGCAAACUUGCUUUAAACUAUAUACAGAGAAAGCGUUAGUUUGAUUUGAUUUGUCUUUAACUACAUUAUUAUAUAAACAUUUAGCUAAUUGGUCCUGAUACAGAAGCAGAUCAAAAAUAUAAACAUAAUUGCCGACUUCACAUAAAGAAAAAAUGUUAGACAUUUAGAAGUAAUUUUAGAUAGUAUAGGCUAUAUAUGUGGACGCCAAAUUGAAAGUUAAACCGACAAGACAUUGUGUUGAGCAGUAAAUGUAAGGCAAUGGAAGUCCUGUUCCUCGCAAAAGCUUUCAAAAUUACAUGUGAUGAAUUAAAUCUUAUAUAUGUAUGCCUCUGUGAUAACAAGAUGUAUGCUAACAUAUGACCUAGCUUUGGCCUUAACGGUGCUCUUUAUGUUACAUAUAUGGCAUUAUAGAUAGUAUAAUAGAACGAAGAAGACUGACGUUUCUCUGAUAAGCUUUCAGAAAAAGUCUCGCAUAUAUAGACAUUGUUGAAUAUGUGGAUUCUGGUGAGUCAAAUGUCAAUUAUAGUUUUAUAUUUGUUUAUUUGAAUAGACGUAAUUUAGUCUUUCAACAUUAAUGCGUUUUAUUUGUUCAAAUCAGCACUUAGUAUAUCCUAAACGUAUUAUAUUAUUUGUAACAGAAACUUCAUAUUUAUGCGUAAUAAAACUUGUCAUAUUA